AUGGCUCCGCGACUCAUUAGAAGACGUCCGUUGCGCGAACGCAUCCAAGCUUACCUAGAUCCGUGGGAUUUUCUAUUCUGGCUUUCCGAGAAGCUUGAUUCGAGCGAAUGGGAUCAACUGCAGAAGGAAUGGGCUACACCCAUAGGCAUUUUGCUCAAUCUUGCAUUUCUUGUUGCGAGAGCGAACAGCAAGUACGCCUUGAGUCCAACAGACGACGACGUCUUCUCGGAUGAACUGUACCGUGCCAGAUGGUCAACGUGGCUUGUACGUGUCAAGCCACUGUUCGAAAGCCCCGUGGAUAAAGUGCCCAGCACACCAUCUGCACAUCGCGUCAAGGUGAAUUCCUCGCCUGUAGCUUCAUCGCCUUUGCGUUUCCUUUCGAGCGUACUGGCUAGUGAAAGUGCAGAAUCGAGAGCACAUCCGGAUGAAAAGAGGGAUGUUUGGGAAUUGGCAGUCUGGGACCCGACUCCCAUGUCUCUCAGGCUAUUCUGUCUCCUGAGUCCAGGCCAUGUCCUUGUCUACUGGCUAUUCCUACCUACAGCAAUCACGGAUCCAAGACCCAGUACUACGGUGGUUACUACUGUUCUGGUGGCCUCGCUACUAUCUGCUCAGCUCCUACUGCUCUCUUCGAAUUUCUCACAACAGGCGAAAGAUUCGUCACUCAUCCACAAAGAAGUUAUGAAUGAGUAUGACAGCAAAUUCGUUCAUCCAAAAACCCAGCAACUUAUGCGCGACGUCGGGACGCAACAUACUCAUUGUAAGCGCCAUUCGGAUGCUUCACAGGAUCCUGACGAAGACGAUGCGUCAGUAGAUACGUAUACGCCUACCUACAUUAUCAAUAAAGGGUUUCACACCAGACCGAACCCUUCAUAUGCCCACCAUGUUGACCCCGAUGGAGUAUCACAUGGACAAGCGCUGUCUAGAGGCACUCCUGCGACAUUCUCAGGGCAGGUACACACCCCUCCUCAUCUCAGAGCCAUGUCCCCCCUACAACCACAGACUGCCAUUCGACAGCCGCAGCCACGGUCUACUACGAUCAGCGAUGGCGGAAGUUUAGGAGUGUACUCGCAUGCGAACUCACCCCUACGACAAUCCACGACCUCGCAAAUCCCAGGAACAGCUGGUCAUCGUGAGCGAAGCUCGAGUCCACAAAAGCAGCGCGCCAGCAGUCCCAUCAAAUAUGCUCAACUUGCGCCUCUACCAAAUGGCUAUCCACCUCGACAGUCAAAACAUGUGGCAAAUCUCAGGAGGACUCGGCAGUUUUGA